GGAGGGGCAGUCCCCGGGGCUGAGCCAGGCCCGGGGCCGAGCGCGUCCAGGGCGGAGGGUGACGGGAAGCCGCCGGCGCCAGAGGACUCACUUUGGGGCCGCUUGUUUCGGAGCGUGGCACAAACCCGGGUGCCAACCCCGAGCUCAGCGGAGUGAGUCAGCGGGGCCCGCGGCGGCAAGAGAGGGGAAGAUUAUACCUGGGUGCUGGCACCCAGCCACUCCUCUGCCAAUGAAGUACAUCUUGGUCACUGGUGGGGUCAUCUCAGGCAUCGGUAAAGGGAUCAUUGCCAGCAGUAUUGGGACGAUUCUAAAAUCAUGUGGACUCCGAGUGACUGCCAUCAAAAUUGACCCCUAUAUAAACAUCGAUGCGGGCACUUUUUCACCUUAUGAGCACGGUGAAGUGUUUGUCUUAAACGAUGGUGGAGAAGUUGAUUUAGACCUUGGAAAUUAUGAAAGGUUCUUGGAUAUUAAUCUUUAUAAAGACAACAACAUCACUACUGGGAAGAUAUAUCAACAUGUGAUCAAUAAAGAGAGGCGUGGCGAUUACCUGGGGAAAACAGUACAAGUUGUCCCUCACAUUACUGAUGCUGUCCAGGAGUGGGUUAUGAAUCAAGCCAUGGUGCCUGUGGAUGGUCAUAAGGAAGAGCCCCAAAUAUGCGUUAUUGAGCUGGGUGGCACCAUUGGAGACAUUGAAGGAAUGCCGUUUGUGGAAGCGUUCAGACAAUUCCAGUUUAAAGCAAAAAGAGAGAAUUUCUGUAAUAUCCAUGUUAGCCUUGUCCCACAGCCCAGUGCUACCGGAGAACAAAAAACCAAACCCACACAAAACAGUGUCCGUGCGCUGAGGGGAUUAGGCCUGUCUCCCGAUCUGAUUGUCUGCCGUAGUUCAACGCCCAUCGAAAUGGCUGUGAAGGAAAAGAUUUCUAUGUUUUGUCACGUGAACCCUGAACAGGUCAUAUGUAUCCAUGAUGUUUCUUCCACCUACCGAGUGCCUGUGCUUUUGGAGGAACAAGGCAUCGUUAAAUAUUUUAAAGAGAGAUUGGAUCUGCCCAUUGGGGAUUCUGCAAGUAGUUUGCUUUCCAAGUGGAGAAAUAUGGCUGACAGGUAUGAAAGGUUACAGAAAACAUGUUCCAUUGCCCUGGUUGGCAAAUACACCAAGCUCAGGGACUGCUAUGCCUCUGUGUUCAAAGCCCUGGAACACUCAGCCUUGGCCAUCAACCACAAGUUGAAUCUGAUGUACAUAGAUUCCAUUGAUCUGGAGCAGACUACUGAAACUGAGGACCCUGUGAAAUUCCAUGAAGCUUGGCAGAAGCUCUGCAAAGCUGAUGGUGUUCUUGUGCCAGGAGGCUUUGGAAUCAGAGGAACGUUGGGAAAACUCCAGGCAAUUUCUUGGGCACGGUCAAGGAAGAUUCCUUUUCUGGGAGUUUGCCUUGGGAUGCAGCUGGCGGUGAUAGAGUUUGCAAGAAACUGCCUUAACUUGAAAGAUGCUGAUUCCACAGAAUUUGAGCCAAAUGCCCAUAUUCCUGUGGUGAUUGAUAUGCCGGAGCACAACCCUGGCAAUUUGGGAGGAACGAUGAGGCUGGGAAUAAGAAGAACUGUUUUCAAAACUGAAAAUUCAAUAUUAAGGAAACUUUAUGGUGAUGUACCUUUCAUAGAAGAAAGACACAGACAUCGAUAUGAGGUGAAUCCUAGCCUAAUCAGCCAACUUGAGCAGAAAGACUUAAGUUUUGUAGGUCAGGAUGUUGAUGGAGAGAGGAUGGAAAUCAUUGAACUGGCAAAUCACCCCUAUUUUGUUGGUGUCCAGUUCCAUCCCGAGUUUUCUUCUAGGCCAAUGAAGCCUUCCCCUCCGUACCUGGGGCUGUUACUUGCGGCAACUGGGAAUCUGAAUGCCUACCUCCUACAGGGAUGCAAGCUGUCUUCAAGUGACAGAUACAGUGAUGCCAGUGAUGACAGCUUUUCAGAGCCAAGACAAGCUGUCGUCUUGGUGCAGAAGGGAGCAUCACAGGACUCAUCUCACAGGAUCCCGGGAUGCUCCUGUUUGACUGGCAUAGUGAGCAGAACAAACUUGACAGCUGAUUGUGCUUCCGGCUCUGAAGUAACUGAAGCCAAGAUGAAGGAACUAUCUGAUGAAAUCACCACACUCAUAGAAUCACUCUGUUCUCCACCAAACAUGCGAUGUCCAGCCUCAAGGGGAAUUUAAUAAUACGUACUUCAAUAAACCAGAAUCAAAGGGGUGGUUUUCUUUUUCCUCUAGAGGCGACCUUUGGUUCUUGCAAAUUUCUUCAGCCAAUUAAACAUUUCCCAACCGUC